UUGGUGACAGUCAAGGAUGAGGAAAUGGACUUCAGUCAUGUGGAGGAAGAAGAGCUGAAUUCUGCCCAAAGGUACAUGGGCAUUGAUAUGAAAGUGGAGAAUUGUGGGAGCCUGGUAUUUUGGGAUUCCGAAUCUAUACCUGAAACUAAAGAAUCUUUUUCAAAGCAAGAACUUUAUGAAGAAGUGUCCUCCGAAAGAGAGCUGAUAAUAGAAAGACUUAAAAAGGUUGAGGCCUGGGACUCCAGAUUGAUAGAAGCCUGGCAAUGUGAAGGCACAUUAGAAAGGCAGCAAGGAAACCAGAAGAAAGAUUUAAGGGAAGCCAUAAUUAAACACAACAAAACCACUGUGGAGGAUUGUAAUGAAAUUGGGGAAAGUUCAAACCCAAUCAAACAUCGAAAUAUUUACUCAGUGAAAAAGCCUUGGAAGUGCAAUGAAUGUGGGAAGUUCUUCAGUUACUACUCAGCCUUUAUCCUACAUCAGAGAAUUCAUACUGGAGAGAAGCCUUAUGCAUGUACUGAAUGUGGAAAGGCCUUCAGUCGGAGCUCAUCACUUAUUCAGCACCAGAGAAUUCACACGGGAGAAAAACCUUACGAGUGUAACAAAUGUGGGAAAGCCUUCAGUCAUCGGUCAGCCCUCAUUCAGCAUCAUAUCAUUCACACUGGAGAAAAGCCCUAUGAGUGCAAUGAAUGUGGGAAAGCCUUCAACCAAAGCACAUACCUUAUUCAACACCACAGAAUCCAUACUGGAGAGAAACCCUAUAAAUGCAAGGAAUGUGGGAAAGCUUUCAAUGAUACCUCAUCCCUAAUUAAACAUCAAAGAGUUCAUACUGGAGAAAAACCUUAUGGAUGUAAAGAAUGUGGGAAAGCCUUUAGUGACAGGUCGGGCCUCACUCAACAUCAGAGAACUCAUACAGGGGAAAAGCCAUAUGAAUGCAGUGAAUGUGGGAAAGCUUUCAGCUACUGUUCAGCUCUUAUUCAACAUCAAGGAACCCAUACUGGGGAGAAACCUUACAAAUGUAACGAAUGUGGGAAAGCCUUCAGUGAUCGCUCAGCUCUCAUAAGACACCAAAGAAUUCAUACUGGGGAGAAACCUUACAAAUGUAAAGAAUGUGAGAAAGCCUUCAGCCAGAGCUCAUCUCUUACAAAGCAUCUGAGAACUCAUACUGGAGAGAAACCAUAUAAAUGCAGUGGUUGUGACAAAGCCUUCAGUCAGAGUUCAUCUCUUAUUCAACAUCAGAAAACCCAUACAGGAGAAAAACACUACAGAUGUAAGAAAUGUGAGAAAACCUUCAGUGUGCGUUCAGCCUUUUAUCAACAUAAAGAAAUUCAUGAUGAAUAGAAUGCAGUAAAUUCAUGAAAUAGUUAUGUAUUCUUGGGGCACCCAGCUGGCUCAAUAAGGCUGGCUCAAUGCAAUUCUUGAUAUUGGGGUCAUGAGUUCGAGUCCCAUGUU